AAAAAUUUCACCUACAAAAAAAUAUUGCCGGUUUUUUUGUGGAUUUAGGUUAGGUUAUUUGUUUGUAAAUAAAUCUGAACAUGAAAGAAUCGAAACAGAAUCAGACGCCAAUAGCAGAUUUACAGGAAUUACGAAAUCAUUUUGUUUCUCACAAUGUUAUUCGCGAAUAUAUUGCUCACUCAUCUAAAGUCCAUUCUGUUGGCUGGUCUUGCGAUGGGAGACGACUAGCUUCAGGAUCCUUUGAUAAAACUGUUGUCAUUUUUAACUUAGAGCGUAAUAGAUUGGCACAAGACUUUGUGUUCAGAGGUCACACGGGUUCGGUGGAUCAACUAUGCUGGCAUGCUUCACAUCCAGACCUACUCAGCACUGCCAGUGGUGACAAAUCUGUCAGAAUAUGGGAUGCCAGGUCACAUAAGUGUGCAGCAGCCAUAUCCACAAAGGGAGAAAAUAUAAACAUUGCAUGGUCACCCAAUGGUUCAACCAUUGCUGUGGGAAACAAAGAGGACCUUGUCUCAUUUAUUGAUGCUCGUAAUUACAAAGUGGUAACUGAGGAGCAAUUUAAUUUUGAAGUCAACGAGAUAUCAUGGAACAAUACCUCUGAUCUGUUCUUUUUGACGAACGGCUUGGGAUGUGUUCAUAUUUUGACGUACCCGUCGCUGGAGCUGCAGACGGUCCUGAAGGCCCACCCGGGCACGUGUAUCUGCAUUGAGCACGACCCCACUGGCCGGUUCUUCGCCACCGGUUCAGCCGACGCGCUCGUGUCGCUGUGGGAUGUCAACGAGCUGGCCUGCCUGAGGGUCUUCUCAAGACUGGAGUGGCCGGUGCGCACUCUGUCGUUCAGCUUCGACGGUCGGCUGCUGGCGUCUGCCAGUGAGGACCACAUCAUUGACAUUGGAGACACCGAAACUGGUGAGAAGGUGGCGGAGAUCCCAGUGGCUGCGUCCACGUUCACGGUAGCUUGGCACCCGUCGCGCUACCUGGUGGCGUACGCGUGUGAGGACAAGGAGCCUCCCGAGAGGAAGAGGGACGCCGGCAACCUCAAGCUGUGGGGCCUGAGCAACAGCUGAGUGUGAGAGGGACUGGUGACGCCACGCACACGUCGGUAUGAGAAGGUUCCGUCCCUGUUGUACCACGUGGGUACUAAUACCACUACCCUCAGUAACAUUGACAACAUGCGGGUCACCUGACGGCAAGUGAUCACUGCGGUUGUUCUUGUGAAGAAGGAUCAUAGUAUUAUAAGCGUUGCCGAACUUUAUACUUGACGGGAUAUUUUUUUUAAGGUAUCAAUCUUUUAUCGACUUGAGAGCACCACAGAACAAUUAAGGAAAAAUAUCAACAGUACUUAACGGGAUAAGCAUUUUUUGAGUUUCCCCUAUUUCAUACUGUUUAUGUGUAAUAAAUACAAAUAGUGAGUCAACUUUUCCACUAGAUAGAACAACUAUGGAUCAGCCAGCGAUGUUUGCGGUAGUACCGGUUUGCUCGCUUGCGUACCGGUACUCGUAAUUAGACUUGUCACAUAUACAAAGUAAUCUUGCGUGAGAUGAUUUAAACAAUUUGUUAUUUUUAAAGUGCUAUCCUUCACUUCUGAGAUUAUACAAAUUAAAUUAGUUACCAAAAUUUGUGAACGAUGCGAUACUCGAACCCGUAAAAUCUGUUUCCGGCCGAGUGCUCUUACUAACUGAGACAACCGUUUGCGCGUGACGCAUGGUUCGUAAAUCUUGGUAUGUCUUGUUCAACUCUCAGAUUAUGACUCAGUUGGUAAGAGCGUUCGAAUGAAAUUUGAGAGUACAUGGGUUCGCAUCCCGUAUCGUAAUAGUAUCAUAAAUUGUGGUUACAAAUUUAACUUGCGUGAGAAAUAGUUUGGUGUCCCUUGUAUACAUAUCAUAGCAAGUUUUUGUGACAACCCGCAAGGGUCUUGACAUCUAGUCAUAAAGUAUUUGCAUAUUUUAAGACUAGGUGUCGGGACAAUCGUGCAGGUAGAUAGAGUCUCUUGCUGCUAGACAACCGAUGAAAACAGACCAGGUUUAUUACUUUAGUGUUCACGACAAGCAACGUCUUACACUCGCGAUUUGUAUGUCACAGUGUUAGUGUGCGUUCAUUGCUCAAAAUAAAGGUUAACUGGUCAACAUCAAUUUAUUUUCGACGCUUUCACAACGGUCACAGUCUAUCUGGUAUAUAUGUAUAAUUAAUGAUCUAUAUAAAAAAGGCAAAUGAUGAAGGAAAUAUUCAAAACAAUAAAAAAUUUAUUCAUAAA